UGAAUUCAGAGGGAUUAAAAUGUCUUUAUUUCUGAUAUUGGUGCUUCAUCUUUCAGCAGUGACUGGACAACAUCCCCCCAGCUUUGUUGUUAGAGAUGGAUAUGAAGUCACUUUGCCUUGUGGAAAUGUGAUAUAUGGUCAGGACAAAUGUGACGAUAUAAUCUGGCUCUUCAGUAGCUCAAGAAGCAUAGGUUCAGUAGAGCUGAUUCUACGGGGGCAGAUUAGUGAAAACGCCAAAUCUAAAUCAGACAGACUGAGUGUUACAGAGAACUGUUCUCUGGUUAUAAAGAAUGUCACAGUCGAGGAUGUUGGUUAUUACACCUGCAGACAGAUCAAAUCAGGACAAGACUCUCAUGUUUAUCUGUCUGUUAUUAUCAUGACUGAACAUAAGGACACUGAGAAGGUGACGUUAACCUGCUCUGUGUCGACAGAUGGACAGUGUGAACACACAGUGAAGUGGCUGUAUGAGGGUAAAGAAGUGGAUAAAGAUAACAAAGACAUGAAGACAUCACAGACUGACUGCUUAGAUACUGUGACGUUUCUUACCUCUUAUCUCAAGAAAAAGUCACAGUAUAACGCAUUUAAGUGUGAAGUGACAGAUGGUUACUCAAAAGUGCAGCUGUUUGACUUUAGAUCUCAAUCAUCAGGUGACCAAACAGGUGAGAUGGCAACAACAACAAUAAGAAACACUAAAAACGGAAACAAAAUAUCAAGGCCCACUAUAACAGUGCCUACCAACAGCAAUACUCCAUCAAUAAACGGUUGGUGGCUGUACAUCAUUGGGGCUAUAGGUUUAGUGGUACUCUUAAUAAUAAUUGUGACAUGUGCCAUUAGAUGGAAGAGAAGUAAAGAAGACAAAACACAGACGGAUAAAAACACUGGACAGAGUUUAAUCCAUGCAGUGACUGAGUCUGCUCCAGAAACCAGCCAGGACACGGCUGAUCCUGAAGAUGGUGUUUCCUACGCCUCCAUCAGCUACACCAGGAAGACCAACAGUAAAGGCCGGGAACGGGUUAAAAAUGAUGAUGCUGAUGAAGAUGAUGCAGUGACCUACAGUAGUGUGAAAGUUUCCUCUUCUUCUGCUGGAGCCUCUGCUGAUCCCAGCGACCUCUACGCCACCAUUAAUAAACCAAAUAAAUAA